GUCUGGCGCUGGGCUCAAGAGAGCACCACCAGUAGUAGGCCUGGCCAGUUGUGUGUGACAGAGCGUGUGGGUAUCUUUGAAAGUGCCCAAGGAGCUAUAGGACGUAGUAUGCCCAUAGGGACGGACCAGCGUCGCUGGGAGAAACAAACAAGCAAACAAAAACGAUUAAACCUUAGUAAACUGUGAAGAAAAAACUAAGGACUUUCACUCACAAAUAGAAAAAUAAACUUGAACUUCGACGAAAGGGAAGUAUUAUUCCCUAAAGGAAAAAAUUUAUAAUCUAAGAGUUGACCCUGUGGUUGAACACUUGUACUACACUAGCUUGCAUUUGACAUUUCCUUCGACAAAACAGCUGUUUUGGUUGUUGAGUUCAUUCACAGUUCUCAGUCGGCUGAAGACCCAGUUUAUUCUGUAAAACUGAAGACAAUGAGGCCUAAAAUAAUCUCCAGUUUCCUCCAGUCCGCCCUGGGAAGGUGCUCAAACUGGAAAGGUCACGUCGGCAGCCUGGCUUGCAAUGCGGGGAGGGUUGGCACCACCGGCCAUCCCGUGCGGCACUGCCAUACGAUCAACGGAGAUCCUCCCAGAAUUCUCAUUACGGGAGGCCUCGGGCAGCUGGGCACAGGGCUGGCCAAGCUGCUCCGCUCGAAGUACGGAGUCGAAAAUGUCAUCCUGUCCGACAUCGUGAAACCUUCAAAGGAAGUCGUGAGCCAGGGACCGUACGUCUUUGCAAACAUCCUGGACUUCAAAUGCUUGCAGGAGAUUGUGGUCACCUACAGAAUAGAUUGGCUGAUCCACUUCUCUGCCCUGCUAUCAGCCAUCGGCGAGCAAAACGUACCACUCGCUAUCAGGGUGAAUAUCGAAGGUCUCCACAACAUCAUGGAGCUGAGCAAACAGUACAACCUCCGCGUCUUCGUCCCCUCCACGAUUGGCGCCUUCGGACCAACCUCCCCCAGGAACCCAACGCCUAACCUCACCAUCCAGAGGCCCAGGACUAUCUAUGGCGUGUCUAAGGUACACGGGGAACUCCUCGGUGAAUAUUACAACCACAGGUUCGGCUUGGAUUUCCGCUGCCUGAGAUUCCCAGGGGUGAUAUCUUCGGACACCCAGCCGGGUGGAGGAACGACAGAUUACGCUGUACAGAUCUUCCACGACGCCAUCCAGGGAAGGCACUUCGAGUGCUACCUCAGGCCCAACUCUCGACUGCCUAUGAUGUACAUCGAUGAUUGCCUAAGAGCCCUGUGGGAGAUGCUGGUGGCUCCCGAAGAACAACUGCAGUGUCGAACCUACAACGUCACAGCCAUGAGCUUCUGCCCAGAGGAGAUCGUGGCCGCCGUCAGGAACCACUUCCCAAAUCUUCAGGUUUCGUACAAGCCAGACUCUAGACAGAACAUUGCCGACACCUGGCCGGAAGUCUUCGACGACAGCGAGGCGAGGAACGACUGGGGGUGGCAACAUUCGUACGACCUGGAAGCCAUGUGCAAUAUCAUGUUCGAUAACCUGAGACGCCAGCAUAACAUGACCUAAUAAUAUCUGCUGUACGGGUUCCUGGAAGAUUGUAGAAGACUGUAUACCACAGUGUAUAGCUACAGCAUUUCACAGCAGUGAAUAGUCUUAAACAGCAGACCAAAAUGAAAAUAUAUAUGUAUCUGUUUAAACUCCUUGUUUUCAUCCUUUUGUUGAUUUUGCAAGUGUUGGGUACCGGAUACCUCUUCUGUUUUGUCAUUUAUAGAGAAAUAAAAUUGAUCGGGUUUU